UGCUAGGUGGUGGGAUGAGGGGAUGGAGAGACGGAGGGAUAGAGAGAGAAAGGGAGAGGGGCUUCGCUGGCUUGAGGAGGACAGGCAGGCAGAGACGAGGACAUACGCACGCAUGCUGCUUGGAUGUUUACCUAGGGUCUGAGUCAGGCACGUGCCGCUCCGCUCUCUUUCCGAUCUUCCAGGAUGAAGAAGUGGACGAAGGAAUACGGACAUGGUGCUUGCUUAUGACUGGCACAAUUUGCCAACAAGCUCCAGAGAGUCUUAUGGGACUUGUGGGGACUUGUGGGACUUGUGGGACUUGUGGGACUUGCUUGUUAAUGCAUCAGAAGGGGGGGCCUGAUUUCGGAAUGUGAAAUGCCGCUCUGACGCUCUUGUCAGCAGCACUUAUGGCGGCAGAGACCGGGCUUGGGUAUGCUUCUUUGCGCUAAGGAGGCAUCGGCGGCAGGUCUCUGAUUUCUCAGGGGAGAGGGAAGGAUAAGGAGGCCUCGGCGGCUGGUGUGUGAGAAAGAUAGGUAAGUAGCAUGGCAGAGACUGUGCUUCUGAGGCAGGCUUUCUGCACACCAUGCGCUCGGCAAUCGAGAGGGACAAUGACAUCAAAUCUGUGCUCAAGUCGCCAGAUAGCAUGGACCUACAGGAUUGCCGCACCGCGAUUGGGAGAUGGCUGUAGCUCCUCCGCCCGUAGAAGGGGUCAUACUGCAGUAAAAGAAGCCGGGAUCGUUUGUCUUCACGAUUGCAAGUAUGACUGCGGUGCCCACGAAUCUCUGGAGGAUAAAGAUGGGGGUAGGAAGUUGGGAGGAGCCUUCAUCUGCAUAUUGCAGUCACAUGGAUGGAGGAGAAGAGGAAGACGUCACCAGUCUGUGUGCAGAGCAAUGGGUGAAGGUGGUAGAGCGGACACGAAGAGGGGAAUUGCAGAGCAAUACGUCGUGGAGCAACAGUCUGCAGCGGAGGAAAGCCACGGGAGAGGUGAAAGAGGGGAGAAACCUGAUGAGAAGAAUGUUCGAUGGCAGCGCGGCUCAUUCUCAGAAGAUCCACCGGAGAUGCAGGCAUCCGACGAUCAAGCUGCAAAGGAUUUUGCUGCUCGAGGUCUAGCUAGCAUGGAUGAGGCUUUGCAAGCGGUUGCGUCAUUGGACAGCAGGCCUGAUGGUGUAGAUCCGGAAUUGCAGGGAAAAGAUGACGGUUCCAACCUUACAAGUGGGGAUGCUGAUGCCAGGUCAGGAGAUGGGUUAGCGCUGAGCUGGAUGCUUUUUGCAGUCCUGCUUUUCACUGUCCUGUUGGCGGAUUGGCAUGUAUGGUCGCUUAUUCAACGGCCGCACGCACUUUUGUUCCUGACAACACCCUUCCUUCUUUCCGUUAUGGCGACAGCGAUCCUGGGUGCCUUCAGUGUGCCGCUCUUGACUCAGCUCGAGGCAAGGCAGAUUAUCCGUGAGGAGGGACCGAAAGGACACUAUGUCAAAUCCGGGACGCCAACAAUGGGUGGGCUAUUUCUCGUUCCAGUUGGGGUUGGCAUUGCCCGUUUGAGCACCCAUUUUACGACCCCUGAAGUGAAUGCAGUCUGUCUCACCACCUUGGGUUUCGCGAUGGUGGGAUUACUCGAUGAUUGCCUGAUCCUCGUCCGCAAAAGCAACAAAGGCCUUCCUGGGCACAUCAAGCUCUUGCUGCAGGUUCUAUUAGGUGUUGUUUUCAUGGUAUGGAGGGUCGAUGCUCGACUACAGACACCGUAUCUUGCGAAGAUGACCGUGCAGCUUCCGUGGGGCUUGUAUGAUAUCCAUCAGUGGUACUACCCGUUGGCAGUGUUCUGCUUCGCAGCGAUGAGUAACGGGGUCAAUCUUACAGACGGCCUGGAUGGCCUGGCGGCUGGGACAACAGCGGCUGCAUUUGUUGGCAUGGCCAUCGCCUGCCUCCCUGUUUAUCCAGCACUUGGAGUGUUUGGCGUGGCAAUGGCUGGUGCUUGCGUUGGGUUUCUGGCACAUAACCAUCACAAGGCCAGGGUUUUCAUGGGCGAUACGGGGUCGCUGGCACUUGGAGGGGCGUUGGCAGCCAUGGCAGGAUGCACGGGCCAGUUCUAUCCACUGUUUAUCUGCUCAGGAGUCUUCUUUAUCGAGUCAGUCUCAGUUGUGGUGCAGGUGUUGUAUUUCAAGACGACAAAGAAGCUAUUUGGCGAGGGGCGGCGACUGCUGCGUAUGGCUCCCUUCCAUCACCAUUUAGAACUUUCAGGAUUAUCGGAGAUCCAGGUCGUACGUUGGGCCUAUCUGGCAGGAAUAGCGUUUGCUAUAUUGGGUGCAUGGGCCGGCAUCGCGUCUGCGUAAGAGUUGCAGAUCAGAUGCUGCAUAGCAUUGCAGAUAACAUCCACAUAGCAUUGCAGAUAGCAUCCGCAUAGCAUUGCAGAUAGCAUCUGCAUAGCAUUGCAGAUGCUAUCUUCAUAGUGUUGCAGAUAGCAUCCACAUAGCUUUGCAGAUAGCAUCUGCAUAGCGUUACAUAUAGCUAGCAUCUGCAUAGCAUGGAAGAUGCUAUCUGCAUAGUGUUGCAGAUAGCAUCUACAUACCAUUGCAGAUAACAUCUGCAUAGCAUUGUUGAUAGCAUCUGCAUAGUGUUGCAGAUAGCAUCUGCAACCUACUGUUGUGUUAACUUUCUGUAACCCUCUGCAUUCCACCCAGUAGCAUCCUUUUUUUUUUUUUUUUUUAAGAAAUCCUAUUUUAAGAAAUCCUUUUUUUAAGGAAUAGAGGUGUAAAACACUGU